CUUUUGCGACGGCAUCGCUCGAGCAAGGGCGCUCUGCACCCAUGGUAACGACUCCAGCGCCCAGCCAACACCUCCCGCGGCUAGCCUUAGCCACGAAAAAGACCUCCUCCGAAGACGGGGCCCUCACACGACGCGUGGCGGCCAAAAGCAGCCCUCUGCUGCUUGCAGCUAAAUUUGGCCCCCUGGCGGCGCGGCGCGGCCCAGCACACGCCCGUACGCGCUGCCGGGCUCGCAGCGGCCCGGAGCGCUUGCUAGGGCCACCGCGGGGGCCCGCGACGGCCCGAGGGCUUGCUAGCGCCACCGAGGCUCACCGGGACCGCCCGAGACGCCGCCUGCCCGACUGCUCCCACACCCCCCCUACCAGAGCUCCCGCCCACGCCGCCGCCGCGCGCCACCGCUCACCCGCCCCUCCCCCGCAGGUGCAGCUCUUCGUCUCCGCCGAGGGGCGGACCUCCACAUUGGAUGUGGACGGCGCUUUAACGGUAGGCCAACUCAAGGACGUCAUCGAAGACGAGUCCUUCAUCCCCGCGGACCUCCAGCGCCUGUCGGCCGGCGGCCGCGACCUCACGACGGGCACGCUCGAGGACAACGAGCUCGCCGACGGCUCGUCGAUCGAGCUCCUGCUGAACGUCGCCGGCGGCGGCGAGGCGUCGCGCUACAAGAAGUCGACGUCGAAGAUGCGCUGGAAGUGGAAGAAGAAGCGCACGCGCCGCCUCCAGCGCAAGCGCAGAAAGAUGCGCGCGCGCGCGAAGUAGAUCUUUUGCCCC